UCUUGCUUAACUGAACACAGCCUAGGAUCCUUUUAAAAGUGUUGUUUUACAGUCUCGUAAUAUUCUUACAAGUUAUAUUUUACUGCAAGAAACAUUUAUUGCAGUGAUUCUUUAGACUGUUUUCUUUUAUUUUGGAGAACUGUUUUCUUUGUGGAGUGACUUUCAUAAAAUUUCUAAGUCUGCAAGUGUACUAGGUUGAUGAUAAAACAGGACGGUUCAACAUCUUCUUAAUCAUUGAUUUGGAAAUGUUAGACAGUUCCUAUUUUGAACUCUUAAACAAAAUGAAACACUGAAUUCGAAUACAUUAGUUUUAUCUCUCUUAACUAUUUUUCUUGGUAGAGAUAAAUACAUAAAUAACUGCUUCCGUUCUACUCUUAUCAGUUGACUCUGAAUAUCGAUAUAUUUUUACACUAUAAAUACAAUGUAUCAGAUCGUAUUUCUUGUGACGGAUAUACUGUGGUUAAUCUUGCAAAUAUUUCAUUCUAUUUGCGAAAGUGUAUUCAACAGCAUAUUCUCCUUCAAAAAAAAUGUGGCUAAUGAAAUUGUUUUGAUAACAGGUACAGGUCACGGUAUAGGAAAGGAAUUGGCAAUUCAAUAUGCGCGUUUAGGUGCAAGAGUGGUUUGUUUAGACGUGAAUCAAGAAACAAACAAGAAUACAGUUGAAGAAAUUAAACUAACCGUAAAAAACUUGAAAGAAAAUGCGGUAUAUGCAUAUCAUUGUGACAUAUCUAAUAGAGACAAUGUUUUCGAAGUAGCCAAGAAAGUAAGAACUGACGUUGGUGAUGUUACCAUUUUAAUCAAUAAUGCUGGCAUAAUGCCUUGUCGCGCUUUUCUAGAUCACACAACCGAUCAAAUUAGACAAAUUUUUGACAUCAAUGUGCUGUCACACUUUUGGAUGUUACAAGCCUAUUUACCAAAUAUGAUAAAAAACAAUCAUGGACACGUCGUUGCAUUAUCAUCGAUAGCAGGACUAUCAGGAGUUCCUUAUUUAGUCCCUUAUUGUUCUGCAAAGUACGCAGUAAGAGGUCUUAUGAAUACAAUUAAUGAAGAAUUACGAAUUCAAACUGAAAAUAAAUCUUUAAUAAAAUUUACUACUAUUUUUCCUUACAUGGUGAAUACAGGACUUUGCAAAAAACCAAAAGUAAAUGAAAGAUUAUCAUGGGUCAUGAAUAUAAAACAACCAGCAGACAUAGCUGCGGAAAUAAUUGCUGCACAACGACAAGAUGUGUUCGAAAAAUCCAUACCUUUCUACUGGUUAUCAAUUGCUGCAAUUUUGAAUUGUUUACCUGUAAAAACAACGAAUUAUAUGAAAGACUUUUUAGCUUCCGGUGUCGAACCAGAUAACUAAUAUAUACGUACAGGAUUUGCGUAAAUUGUCUUUCUAAUAUAUUUUACGAGGAUGUAUGAGAAAAAAGACAAAGUAUGAGAAAAAAGACAAAAUAAACUUGUAAGGCAAAGUAUAAUCGAUAGCAAUAUUUGUCGAUAUAUUAUAUGUACUAUAUUCUUUCGAUAGAACUCAUACAACACCGAAGUUUCCAGUAAUAUUUCAGAAACGUUGCAACAUUGCAAGUUGCAAUGUAAUAUUACAAAGAUGUUUUAGAGACAUAUAAUAUCAAUAUUUUGCCGAUAUUUUCUAGCAAUAUUUUUUUUUUUAUACUAUGUUUAAUUCUAGUAUAUUAAAUAGUUUUGAGUAGCUAUUAAAAAACAUAUAUGUAUAUAUACAAAAUAUAUAUACAUAUAUAUAUAUGUGUAUAUAUAUAUAUAUGUGUG